UAUCGCUGCACAUUGGAGUGGUUGGUGUCGAUGCAUUGGCUGAUUGGCACCUAAUUUAUGCCAACAUUCGUGACUGCAUUGCGCCACUCCAACUCAGGAAACAGUGGCUUUGCAAGGCAUCCGCAAACACAGUCUUAGGUAUCCUCCAGCAACAUAUCAAGUAUUCGAUCGUGCCCAAUUUCUAGCACAACAGCGCACUGGAACUCUAGACGCAAAUGAUUUGGAGGACGCAAUAUGGCUCUUCUGCAGCUCCAAAGAGCGUGUGAGCGCUUCCGGUCACACUUAUCGGACGAAGAGACGCGGCGAGUAGAAAAUGUCAAGAGUGUGGAAGAUGUUCGCGAGGCUAUCAGCCAAAUGGAGUGCUAUCUCGCCUCCCGUCAAAAGUUACGAAACUUCGAACGGCUCGUACCUUUUCUCGAUGCAGCUGAUCGUUUGACAAAACCCAUCGACGUCCUAUCUAAUGGCGUUCCGUUCCUGCCUUAUAUAUGGGCACCUCUCAAGCUCAUUCUCCAAAUAUCUCAGGACCACACGCAUGCGCUGGAUGAGAUCCUCUCUGCUUAUAGUCGAAUUGGGGCAUCACUUCCGCGUCUCUCUCGAUACGGCAAUGCGUUCCCAGACAGCCACGACUUCCAGCAACUACUGGGCCACAUUUACCAAGACAUCAUUGACUUCCAUUGCCACGCUUACCGGCUGGUACAGAAGCCGGGAUGGGCAAUGCUCUUCUCAACCUGUUGGGGUCGAUUCCAGCAUCGGUAUGAUUCAUUACUCGACAGCAUCGCCAAACAUAGCGAACUCAUAGACAGGGAGGCAGCUUCCUAUGAGAUAGUUCAAGCUAGAGAAUGGCGGCAAAAGCUUCUGGAGGAGGCUCAAGAUCGAGAAAAGAAAGAAGAGAUUCACCAGCGCGAAGCUGUCAACAAGUGGCUUCAAGUGAGCGACAGAAGCGAGGAGAAGCUUGAGCGCCUUCACAACCGUUGUCUCGAUGGAACAUCUCAGUGGCUAACUGGGUCACCCCAGGUUCGAUCCUGGCUCCAAAAAGGCAGAGAAAAGCCGGUCUUGUGGCUUAAUGGAAAGCCUGGUUCUGGCAAAUCCAUCCUAUGUUCGCAACUCAUCUACUUCCUCAGAUCAAACCCCACAUGGAAUUGCUUAUUCUUCUUCUGCGAUUUUCAUACUACCGGAUACGGGGUAACCGUGCAGGUCUUACGGAGCAUAUGUGCCCAGAUCAUGGAUCUUGUUCCGGAGACGGCAUCGUUCAUCUACAAAGAGGGUGUCGUGUCUGGAAAAACACCUUCGACAUCAAUUCUGAAGGAAUUUAUCCCGAAACUUUUCAGCUUCUUCGAAGACUUACGCCUGAUCAUCGAUGGAAUCGAUGAGAUUGGGUCAUCGGAACACGGAGAAUUGAUCAAGACCCUAGCAAGGCUGGCCGAGACGCAGGGAAACUUCAGGUUGCUCAUAUCUAGCCAGGAUAUCCCGAGUAUAGCGAGGAACUUGAAGGGCAGACCAACACUGAUAGUUGGGAAGCAGUCUGCGUCUGUUUGUAAGGAUAUUGGCUUGAUUGUCUCAAGCCGCCUGGAAGCCAUCAAUGAAGGGCUAGAUGGUCGAGUCCCCGAAUCGGUGUUCACUGAAAUCCGGGAAACAAUCCUUAAAAGAGCAGAAGGAAUGUUCCUAUGGGUUCACCUAGUAUUACAGGUGUUGGAGACGACUGACAAUAUUCAAGAGCUUAUAUCGAGCGUUGAGGUCUUUCCCAAAGACCUUGAAGAGGCAUACUCCAAGAUACUCACAAGUAUCAUGAGCCGCUGUCAAGCAACAGAUGUGUCGAAGUUACGACGAAUAUUUGGCUGGAUGGUGUUUUCGAGGGGUGGCCAGCCUAUGAGGAAAUUUGAAUUACGACUAGGUCGAGUUCUCCAUGCCGAUUUGACCAUAAUCGAUGAGAGAACGAAACCGUUUCCAAACGUAUUGGAUCUUUGUAAACCAUUCAUAGAGGAUGGUCCAGGUGCAACUAUAGUGUUCAUUCACGGCACAGUACCCAAAUUUCUUCAAGCCCAAUCCAGUGGGCCGUUUAUCAAUAGAAAAGACUCUUGCCGAGAUAUCACAACUGCCUGUAUUGCGCAGUUAAUACAGAGCCUGAAUCUGGCUGACGAAACCUUGGAACGCCUGGAGCAUCUUUACUGUAUUGCACAGGGUUUCUACGGGCUUCUUCCCUACGCACACGAAUACUGGAUCGAACACCUGCUGGAGUAUCUCGAGCUUAAUCAAGGAUUCUGCACGCCCGAUUCUUUGAGCAUUCAAAGACAACUCGUUGGGCUUACUAAAAAUUGGUCCGAUCGUCUGGAGAAAGAGCCCGCGCGAAUCUACAAUGUAGAAAGCCUCGAGCCUCGUCUACAUUGGCUGGAAAGCCUGCCCCAAACGAGAACACUAAUCCAGCAAGUCCACGAAAUCCGCAAAGCAACAAAGGAACCGGUUGACAAUAUGCCCUCUCUUGAGGAUGCAACGUUACUAUCGUCCGUCAGAACAAAGUAUCAUACCUACGUUAUCGACCUCUUAAGAGAGGUCAAUUGUCCAGGGCUUUGGGCUGAGGAUUUGAUCGCAUUCAAAGAAGAAUAUGGACCGUCCGCGUUUGUGUGUCCUGUCUACGGAUGCGAUAAAGCCGUAGUUGGAUUCUCUUCAGCCUCGCAGUUGACGAGUCACUCAACAAGACAUCAAGAGAAACCACGAUGCCUCAAACAAGACUGCUUUUACAACGAUGUUGGGUUUCCCUCUCCAAGACACUUAAGAGAACACCAGAGAAGGUGCCAUCCCCCUCCGCCGCCACCGUCGAUUCCUCGGCAGAUUUUCCAGAACCUGGAUCAGAGUCUUCUAUGUAUAUCAAUAGCUGACUUACCACCCACUGAGAAGCUGACCGCAGCCCAGUAUGUUGCGGAUGCACCUUGAGGCGGCUCAGCUGUCGCAAUUCGAGACACAUCAGUCUUAACCGCCGCAACAGCAAAAGGUAUCGCCUCGUAUGUAGGAGAAUCGCUUGCCUACCCUUUCCACUUUGUUGAAUGUCUCUAUGCCCACGCCACAAGCGAUAUCCUUGCAUCGGCUAUCCUU